AUGAAAAAAUGUUGGGAGUUGGAACCAACUAAUAGACCAUCAUUUCAGGUGAUCGUUACUAAAAUAGGCGAAUGGAUGUCUUCUCCUUCUAAGCAUUUCUCCACAAAAAAAUCUAAACCACUUGAAUCGACUGAUAAAGCUAUCAAAAAAGAAUCAAGAUCAAUCAUAAGACUUCCUUUUUCUCGUAAUCCAUCUCCCCUCGCCUCUAAUGAUAAUAAUAGCAAGAACAACGGUAAAACCAAAAGCAAGAAUACUAAUAGUAACGUUAGUUCUAUUCAAAGAUUUAAUAGUUUAUCAAGUAAAUCCUUAUCUAAAUACGUUCAAGAAUAUGUAUGUAUAAAAUUAUAA